CUUGUAACGUCAAUGAAAUGGGAUAAAGACGGCGACAUUCUUGCGUUAACGAAUGACAAAACAACCGCUGUAACACUAUGGGAGAUUGGUACUAAAAAAACCGAACUUCUUGAUGCAAAUAUGGGCAGCAAGUUACGAAUUAGUGAUUCUUAUAGAGAAUCACCAACGUUCAUGGCAUGGUCGCAUAAAUCACCGAUUCUGGCUGUUGGUAACAAUAAAGGAAACCUUAUGAUCUACAAUCAUCGCACUUCAAGAAAAGUACCAGUUUUGAGUAAGCAUCAACGAGCGAUAACUUGUGGUGCGUUCUCAGACGAGGAUUUGCUAGCGCUGGGUGCUGAUGACACCUCAAUAACAGUCAGUAAUAUGGAUGGCGAUUCUGUGUAUUCAUUCACGUGUAAUUCAGAUCCAUCGCUGCUACAAUUCAGCAAUCUGAGACAUCCAGUUGAGAAACCUUUAAAAUCUGACCCUAUGCUAAGCGCGAUUCUCGGCAAGAAGAUUAUGAUGUUGGUGAAUCUGAACGAUUCAGAGAAUCCAAUUAAUCUGCAGUUUCAGGCACGAUACGGUGACAUUGUUUCAUAUGUUUGGUUUUCAGAUGGUUAUCUUCUGAUUGGUUUCGAUAAAGGGUUUGUUGUUUGUAUAUCAGCGCAUGCAUCUGAAAUUGGACAGGUGAUUGUUUCAACCGAGUAUUCGAUCACAUCUCAUUCGAUCACAUCUUAUUAG